GCCUCGAGCGCGGGUCCCGGCGCCGCGCCCACCCUCGGCUCCAGCCCCGGUCCGACCGCGCCCUCCCUCGGCUCCAACCCCGGCCCGACCGCAGGCGGCUUCGCGGGGAGCCGGGGUGCGUCGCCACUCCCAGCGGCCUGGGCGCCCCACGAGCUCCCGUUCUGGGAGUCGCCGCUGAACCACGGGCUGAACGUGUUCGUGGGCGCCGCCCUGUGCAUCACCAUGCUGGGCUUGGGCUGCACGGUGGACGUGAACCGCUUCGGGGCGCACGUCCGCCGCCCGGUGGGCGCGCUGCUGGCCGCGCUCUGCCAGUUCGGCCUCCUGCCGCUGCUGGCCUUCCUGCUGGCCCUCGCCCUCAAGCUGGACGAGGUGGCCUCGGUAGCCGUGCUCCUGUGCGGCUGCUGUCCCGGAGGAAACCUCUCCAAUCUCAUGUCUCUGCUGGUGGACGGCGACAUGAACCUCAGCAUCAUCAUGACCAUCUCCUCCACACUUCUAGCCCUGGUCUUGAUGCCCCUGUGCCUCUGGAUCUACAGCCGGGCCUGGAUCAACACUCCUCUGGUGCAGUUACUUCCCCUGGGGGCAGUCACUCUGACCCUCUGCAGCACCCUCAUCCCCAUCGGGCUGGGUGUCUUCAUUCGCUACAAAUACAACCGUGUGGCUGACUACAUUGUGAAGGUUUCCCUGUGGUCCCUGCUAGUGACACUGGUGGUCCUUUUCAUACUGACCGGUACAAUGCUAGGACCUGAAUUGCUGGCAAGUAUCCCUGCAGCUGUGUACAUGGUUGCCAUUUUUAUGCCUUUGGCAGGCUAUGCCUCAGGCUAUGGCCUGGCCACUCUCUUCCACCUCCCACCCAACUGCAGGCGGACUGUGUGCCUGGAAACCGGCAGCCAGAACGUGCAGCUCUGCACUGCCAUCCUAAAACUGGCCUUCCCACCACGCUUCAUAGGAAGCAUGUACAUGUUUCCUUUGCUCUACGCCCUUUUCCAGUCUGCCGAGGCAGGGGUUUUCGUUUUAAUAUAUAAAAUGUAUGGAAGUGAAAUAUUGCACAAGCAAGAUCCUCUAGAUGAAGAUGAAGAUACAGAUAUUUCUUAUAAGAAACUAAAAGAAGAGGAAAUGGCAGAUGUCUCCUAUGGCACAGUGAAAGCUGACAAUUUAAUAAUAAUGGAAACCGCCCAGACUUCUCUCUAAACAUGGAGAUACAUAGGAGCUUCUGUCUCGAUGAAAUAAUAAUUCAUAUUUAUGGCCUGUGGUAGUGCACAUGGUUCACAUAAAAGAUAACAGUUGGUUUGCACACUAUGUGUAACAAUUUUGAUCUUUCCUUUGUAAAGUUGCACUGCAGUAGUAACUUAAGUGUUUCCAUAAUUUACAAAUCAGUGUCUUACUAUAACUUCCACAUGGUUGGGCUACAGUGAGGCCCCAUCUGGUUCAAUAUGCUUUUUGGUUUUUGCCGUUACCAAUUUCUAUGAUUGCUUCACAGACAGAAAUUAAUGUAUUAGAAAACAAGGUCUGGAAAUGUAGUUUUGGUGCACUGUCUUAGCUGAGUAAAUACAAGCUAUCUAUAAAGCAUAAUUGAGUUUAUUGUAAAACAGCAAAGUGUGCUCAUUCAACUUGUAAACACAGAACUAUGUUAAUCUAACAUACAGGGGAAGGGGGAAACCAGCAAAGACCACCAGGCUUGUGUAAGAGCAACAUAGCCAAGAGCAGACAGUGGGAUAAGACUGUCUGCCCCCAACGAAGACAAGUGUGUCCCUUUUAUAGGGAUGUAUACUGGGCAGGUGGGAAGAUCCCAGUAAACAUCUGUGCUCAGAGUUCCAGCAGUCUUGCAUCUCAGUGUCCAGAGUCCUUGAAGUGUCCAGUGUAAAUUUUGAGGUGUGUCCAGAUGUCCCCAGGACCUGCAAAAUUCCUUU